AUGAACCGCUCAAUCCUAGCCGCGCGGCGGUCCCUUGGCUGGGGAGCUUCUCGGAUCUGCUCUGGCGUCGGUGGCCGCGCAUACUCGAAUGGACCCCCCCGUCGAUCAUCCUCGUUCACUGGAGGAUUUUUCUGGGGCACAACCGGCUGCGUGGCAUCAUUUGUCGCUCUGUACAUUGCCGGGCUCGCACCGGGGAGGAAACUGGACGAGAAUCGUCGCCAGCUGAGCGACCUACCUGUCGUCGCGGUGGAUCCUGCUGUAGAUAUCUCGUCACCUGUGAAAGUGCUAGAUCUUGAGGCUGCGAACAAGAAGAUCCGGCAAAGCGUUCACGCAUUCUCGUUCGAGUCUUCGAAGGAUGGCACCACGGGACGUGUUGAUGUGGCUCGCGUGUCGAGCAAUAACCCCGUUGAGGACAACUGGGCGACCGCGCUGGGCAAGGGACCUGGGAAGGAGGACAUGGUGUAUGCUGGGGUCUACGAUGGGCACGCAGGAUGGGCCACGUCUACAGUGCUCAGUCAAGCUCUCAUCCCUCACGUCUCGUCUGCACUCGCCAAGCUGGAUGCCAAGGACGGGUCCGCCAUCGACGACACCGUCAAGGCAGCCUUCAAGGAACUAGACGACAAAAUCAUGAACCACGCAAAGGCAGUGGUAGAGACGCACAAUCCAGGUGACGCUGAAGCCCUGUCAGCCCUGGCCCCCGCCGUAGCUGGGUCAUGCGCCCUGCUGUCAAUGUACGACCCUAGCACAUCCAUUCUGCGUACCGCUGUGGCUGGCGACUCGCGCGCCGUUCUCGGGUCAUGGUCAUCGCGAACGGGUGCGUUUUCCGCCGAGGCUCUGAGCGUGGACCAAAACGGCUUCAAUUCGCUGGAAGUGGCCCGCCUAAACGCCGCCCACCCAGGCGAGGAGGACAUGUUAGACCCCCGCACGGGCCGACUUCUCGGUAUGGCCAUCACGCGGUCUUUUGGUGACCACAGAUGGAAGUACCCGCUCGAUUUCCUCCUCCACCUUGAGGAUAACUUCUUCGACACUGGUCCGCGGCCUAGAUACAAGACGCCGCCUUACAUGACGGCAGAGCCCGAGGUUACUACGCGCCAGAUAUCGACCGAUGACUUUGUCAUCAUGGCUACCGACGGACUGUGGGACCACAUUUCCAACGAGGAUGCCGUGUCGUGCGUCUCGCGCUGGCUGGCGGCCAAGAAGGCAGGUCAACCGGAGAGGGUGGAGAGCCAGGAAGGGUCGAUGAAGAUGAUGGUGGCGCGUGAGGGGUUUGGAAGCUGGCGAGCUACGCCCGAGUACUUCGCCAUCGAGGAUAUGGAUAAUGCCGCCGUAUGCCUGAUCAAGAAUGCUUUUGGUGGGACGAGGAGGAAUCUGUUUCGCGGAGUCAUGACGGAGAUGAGUCCCCGCAGUCGUUAUGUGCGCGACGAUGUUACGGUGCAGAGUCCCAUGGAGCUCACGAAAGCACCCUAUCUAUCAUCUCUCAUUGCCUGUGCGACCAGCGUGCUCGCAGCCGCCGCCAACAUGACAACUCUCCUGGACCAAUUGACAGACUCAUGGAUCAGAAGAGGCGUGGACUUCGGCUUUGGAUACUCUGAGGCAACACUGUACACUGGCGUGGAGGCCUCGAUCGGGCUGUCGUCCAACGCAAGUGUGGUAUCAUGGUACCAGAGCCAGAUUGACGAAGGCGUGGUCAACGACGACGGCACCAUCCGUGACUGGGAAUACGACUUUUACUCCCUCGACGAGUAUCGCAUCGGCAACAACCUGCUAUGGUGGUACGAGCGCACCGACGAAAUCAAGUACAAGACUGCCGCCGAUACGAUUCGCUCCCAGCUGGACCGACACCCGCGUAACCCUUCGGGCGGCUUCUGGCAUCGCGCCCCAGACUACCCGAACCAGAUGUGGCUAGACGGAAUCUUCAUGGCCGACAGCUUCUACGCGAAAUGGACAAGCGCAUUCGAGCCCGAUAACACGACGGCCUGGGACGACAUUGCCCUGCAGUAUGAUCUCAUCGAGGAGCACUGUCGCAACAGCACGUCCGAGUUGCUCGUGCACGGAUACGACGAUAGCAAGGAAGCCGUGUGGGCUGACCCCGUGACGGGAGCGUCGCCGCUGGUCUGGUCAAGGUCUGUGGGAUGGUAUUUCAUCUCCCUAGCCGAGGCACUGGGGUACUUUCCCGAGGACAACGACGCGCAUGCUCGUCUCUUGGGGUACUUUGUCACCCUGGCAGAGGGAUUGAAGAAGGCGUACGAGAAUGAUGGAGGCUGGUGGCUCGUCAUGAGUGAGCCUUAUCCUGGUGAAGAGGGGAACUAUAUCGAGAGCAGUGCCCAUGCCAUGUUUACGUAUGGCCUGUUCCGUGGGAUUCGCCAGGGCCUAAUUGAUGAGGCUGAUUAUGGGAAUGUCGCUGUUGAGGCAUACGAGUACUUGACUGAUAAAUUCAUCACGGCGAAUGAUGAUGGCACGUUGAAUUUCAUCCAAACGGUCGAGGUCGGCUCUCUCAAGAGCAAUGCUACAUAUGAGGUGAGUCAUUCUAUCCAAGAGGGAUAA